CAUUGUUGUCCAGUCAGACAGACAGCAGCAGCAUCUGGACGGGCCUUGGUCAGCAUGUCUGCACAUCACUGGAUCGUCACAUACUUCACUUACAUCGUAUCUGGUGUCAAAACAGUCUAAAGUAACACAGUGUCUACUGACAGCUCUGAUAUACUCACUCAUGAAUGGAGUAAUAUAUGAACUCAGAAAUGGAUGCUUCUCAUCUUGAAUUUCCAUUAUCGUCUCAAGCUUCUCAUGUGCCUUCAGCUCUCUCUGCAUCUGGACACGCCAUUCAUCCGGUGUCCUCCUCUUUAUCAACACCUAGCCCCUCCCCUUCAACAAUGACUCCGCCCCCACACCUUGCCUCUCAGACAGGCCGCUCACAGCUGAAUGCAGCCAGUAAUUCCCUCACUGGCUUUCCAGGACAAUCAUCAUCUUCUCCACAGGAGGAGCUGAGCAUUGACGAGCUUAAACAGAGGGCUAAAAAUGGGGAUGCCAAAGCACAGACAGAGAUUGGUAGGUAUUACUUGAGACUAGCUGAGCAAGAAGACGAGGAGGUGAAUUGCGUUACUGCGGUAACAUGGCUGCUCCAGGCGGCAAAACAUGGCCGAAAAGAUGCAGUGAAACUUCUUCAACGCUGCCUGCAUGACAGGAGGGGUAUCACAGCUGAAAACAGAGAGGAAGUGCAUUCACUGGCGUGCGAAUCUCGUUUUGAGCGCAGUGUCAGGAAAGCAGCUCUGCUCAUGUACUGGAAACUCAAUCCAGAGAGGAAGAAAAAGAUCAGUGCCUCUGAACUUCUGGAAAACAUGAGCCAGCUCAACACAGAGACAGAUGGCGCUCCCAGCAGCCCUCUCUCAAGCCCAGCACAAAAACAAAGGAAAGUUUUAGAGAGUCUGGUAUCAAGAGAUGGGACUGAUUAUGUAGAUCUAGAGGAGUUUGUUGAGAAUACAAAACUAUUUGCUCAGGGGAUCUCACCAACACCUGCCAUGGAAGGAGUAGCAGUUGAUGAUGAUGAUGAUGAUGAAGAGCCAGUAAAGAACCCAGACGAACUGCCUUUGAAUCAAAAGGUGUUGAAGUUUCCCCUUCAUGCUGUGUUGGAAGUGAAAGAGGUGCUGAUUGACUGGGCGUCUCGUGCAGGAAUGCAGUGGAUUAGCGCCCUUAUUCCCACACAUCACGUCAAUACUCUUAUCUUCUUCUUUAUCAUCUCCAACCUCACCCUGGAGUUCUUUGUUCUUGUCAUUCCCCUCAUCAUAUUCUACCUCUCCUUUAUGUCGAUGGUCAUCUGUACGCUCCGAGUCUUCCAGAACAGCAAGGCGUGGGAGAACUUUCGAGCGCUAACGGCCAUGCUGGCUCAUUUCGAGCCGGGCAUUGACCUCGAGCAGGCCGAGUCUAACUUUACUUGGAACCAUCUGGAGCCAUACCUCUAUUUCCUCCUCUCAGCGCUAUUUCUAAUAAUUUCAUUUCCACUCGCAGACAAAUCCUGGCUGCCAUGCUCGGAACUGGCUACCGUUGCAUUUUUUUUUACCGUAAGCAGCUACUUGAGUUUGCGACCAGCAGCACAACAACAUGCCAAACUCGCUCUGCUCAUGCAAGUUGCCUCUGCCAUAUGUGCGCUCUCAAAUCAUUUGCUGGGAGGCUGGAAGGGUCGUAUAGUGGGAGGUUCUUGGUUAAGCAUACACCUUAGUGACCUGUUAGUACUGCACGUGGGUGUGCCUUGCGUUUUCUACCUCUACCUCCUAUACCUGUGUGCUCAUAUGGCCACAGCAGGUGGGGCACGCGGCACCUACAGCGUGCUGCUUCCAUACUUAGUAUGCUUCAUCUGGUGUGAGCUAUCUGUCACAUUGUUGCAAGAAUCAACAGCGUUGGGGCUAAUGCGCACCACUGUGGGUUACCUCCUUUUCUUCUUUGCUUUGCCAGUGCUAUCGCUGGCUCUUGCAACCGUAAUGCUGGUGCAGUUGAUGCAGUGGUUCCUCGCUCUGGAACUGGCCAAAAUGGCUUUAACAGUGUGCGUUUGCGUGCUGCCCGUGCUACUGCGCUGGUGGACACGUUUUAGCAUGUCGCCACUAGCGGUGUUGCGCUCCUUGCGGCGUAGUAGCGUGGUCAAGUUGAUCCUGGUGUGGAUUUCAGCCCUGGUGCUCUUCAGCUGGUUCUACGUGUACCGUUCAGAGGGAAUGAAGGUAUACAACUCGACUCUGACUUGGCACCAGUACAGCGACCUCUGUGGUCCUCGGGCCUGGAAGGAGCGUAACAUGGCACACACCCAGAUCAUAUGCAGCCACUUGGAGGGUCACCGUGUUACGUGGGAGGGCCGGUUUAAGUAUGUUCGCGUCACUGAGAUUGAGAAUGGCGCACAAGCUGUUAUUAAUCUCCUACCAGUUUUUAUAGCAGACUGGGUUCGCUGUCUUUAUGGAGAGGAGUAUCCUGCCUGCGAUGCAAGCCAGCCGGGGCCUGCGGAGCCGCUAUGCCAGCUCAAGACACUCACAAAGCAUAAGUGCCAUGUGAAACGUUUCGAUCACUACAAGUUUGAAGUGACUAUGGGGAUGCCGCAGGAGAAGAAGGGGCGAAACGGAGGGCAUGAUAUCGACGAUGCGACCAAAGACAUUGUGCUGCGGGCUAGCAAUGAAUUCCGUGCCGUUUUGCUGGCGCUCAGCUCAGGGAGUGUGGUGGAGUUUAGUACGGUACUUGAAGGCAGACUGGGCAGCAAAUGGCCAGUGUUUGAGCUCAAAGCACUUCACUGCAAGACAUGUGCCUCACCACUGGUACCAAUACGACGACAGGUCAAGAUCGAGCAGGACUGGAGGGUUAACGCUAGAAAUGCUUUGGCUUUCGCCUUCAAUUUCUUGUUUCACCCUCUGCUUUCGGUGGAGGUGGACGUUGAUGUUGCUACUACAGAAGUGUCCGUAUGAAGUUCACCCUUGGCAUACACUACAGUAUUAAACUGAAUUCCGAAGUGAAAGGAGAAUGUUGAGAUUUGGUAAAGUGCUUAUGAUGACAGGCGUUAACAUCUUGUUUUGUGUUUCACGUAUGAAGCAAGUCUUUCAGUAGCUGUUACGAGAACCAAACAAACAGAUAUCACUACAAUUCCUGAACUGUCGCAACAAUGAUUCAGAAGUUUUGAAUUUGAAUCUCAUGCAUAUCAUGGGGAAAUUCACAAUCAAAUGCAUUAAUCCACAAUCUGAUAUUUGAUUAUAUCUAAUUUAUUUAAUAUUUUGGUUUUCUUAAGCAGUAUUAUUGUCUUGUUUUCCAGUAAAAAUAUCUAAACAACCUUUAAACAAGAUAUGUGCAAAAUGACAAGAUAUUUAGUCGUGUUUUCAGAGAAAUCUAACAAAAUUUUGUAAACUUUGUGCUAAAAAAAAAUCUGCCAGUGGGAUAAGAAAAAAUAACUUGAUUUUAAAUAAGUUUAUUUUUCUUGCCCCAUUGGCAAAUAGUAAAACCUCAUUACAUUUGGUUAGAUUUCUCUGUAAACAAGACUUAAUAUCUCAUGUUAUUUUGCUUUUGUCAAGUAAAUGUGUCUUGUUUUAUGACUGAAAAACAUGACAAAUAUACUGAGUAAAGAUAUGAUUUUUUGCAGUGUAUCUGUGUUUUAUUUUUGCCUUAGAUUAGCAGCAGUGUUUUUUGAAGAUGUGACCGAAUUUGUUUUCUUCAUAAUUUAAGAUAUAUAGAACAAAUAUGAAAAUUACUAGAUUUUUCUGUGAAAAUACUGUAUGAUAGAUUUCUUUGACAAGUCUACAGAUCUCCUGUUAUAUAUGCAUAUAAAAUGUUGGGAUAAAGUUGGGAUUUUGAGUUAUGAUUUACAUAUUUAGUUGAGAUUUUGAGUUAUCAUAUAGACUUCAAAAUCAAACAGAUCUGAUUGCCAGACAGACUUGUUUGAUUUUAGAUUUCUUCACAUGUUUCAAACCUAGACAUUGGAUGGCUUGUGACUCUACUGAAUGUACAAUCUGACACACUACAUUGCAAAAUAUUAAAACAGUAGUGAUUGAA